AUGCACAAAAAGACUACCGAUUCCAUCGGUUCAAAUAAGCCGACAAAAGAGGAUGCGAUUGAAGAGGCCCAACUGCGAAUCCCGAAGCUGCUUCCGACUCCUGCCUCUGGUGAAAGCUUUCCACAAGACCAGUCGCUGCCACUUCUCGAGGUGACCACGUCGCAGGACGAUUGUCUGACCUCCCGUCCUACCGGAGGCUGUGGAGCCCAGCUGAUCGCCUGCGUGCCCGGAAUGCAGGAAUUCAGUGAAGAAAGAGGCAAAGCGCGAGGUUGCCAUGCGCUGAACGGCCUGCUCGGGGAUCAUUUGACUCAGUUUAGAGGCUUCGAAUGCGAGUACAAGCCAGUUGGUAAGUCCCCACGAGGUCGUGGCCGUCUCGCGUGUAGUCCUUCUGUUCUAUUUGGCUAUCUUCGUUGUGAGAAUGCUUCCAAAUUGUCAGUAAAUCUUUAUUUUUUCAAGAUCCCCUUCUAG